CGAACAAGUGCUUCGCAUGACAGUUCCUGAGCUUAAAGAAGAGCUAAAACGACUACUACCAGUGUUGGGAAGAAAGCGAGAGCUGGUGGAUCAUCUUAUGGAUGCGCUAACACUAAUCACGGGGUUCGAGAAAACAAACCAGAAGAUGACGGUCACAAUGACGACGAAGAAGACGAAGAAGAAGACGACGCCGAAGACGACGGGCAAGACGACGACGAAUUGUCGGAGCGGGCUGAGAAGAUGAUAAGGGUUAACGCCUAAUAUCCGCAACAGGUCACGCGCAGGACCGUGAGUAUAUUAACCUUUAGGGACGUUGAGGAAUCUCUCGAGAAAUUCAGUGGAGACGACCAGGCGGAUGUGCGUCGGUAGAUAGAAGAUUUCGAGGAUAUGACCGAAACGUGCGAAUGGACCGAAGUACAAAUACCCAAAAAGGUUAUUAACAGGACCAGCAAGACUAUUCGUUAUUUACGAAAGGUGUGCGAAGACGUGGAAUCGGCUGAAAAAAAAAAGAAAAAAAAAGACGAGCAACACAUACCAGGAGUACGUCUACAAAAUGCUGGAAAUCGCGGCACCGGCAAAGAUCGAAAAGCGGUCCGUAAUUCAGUAGACGAUAAAGAAACUGAAGGAGAAAUUUUUUCAAUAUGUAUAUGUAUAAGUAUGAAAAGAGAAAUGAAGGACAAAGCGAAAGUUGCAGAACGGAGAGACGACAGCAAAGGAACCCAAAAGAAGACGGCAGUGUCAACGACAGCUGCUGCAGCGACAAAAACGAGGCGGUGCUUUAAUUGUGGUGACAAAAAUCACGUAAGUGCAGACUCUCCAGUGAAGGACAAGGAUGUCAACUGUUUCAAAUGCAAUGAACAUAGACACAAAGCAACAGUUUGUCCCACAAAAGCAAAAGAAUCAAAUCUUGUGUCACGAACAGGGGAUAAAAAAUACAUGAAAGACGUAGUAAUAUGGGGUCAAAAGCUUACGGCGCUUUUAGAUACAGGCAGCGAUCUUACUUUUAUGAGGACAGACGAAUAUGUUAAAAUUGGAUCACCUGUGCUGCUAAACCGCAAGGUUAAAUUCGAUGGGGAAGAAUACCCUAUUACGUUUCAUGAAGAAAACGUUACUCUCGCAAAAGUAGAAGUUAAUGAUAAUACAGAUGUGCCAGAAAUAUAUAAAAUUAACGUAGUAGACACUAAUACAAUUAAUAAACAGCCCGAGAAAACGUGUAGCGUCGGGAUUCACACGAAAAUUAUUGUGAAAGACGAUAUUUCAGUGGCUGCCAGACUGAGAAGACUGUCACCAGCAGAAAGAGACGAAGUUGAAAUUGUUAUACAGGAUUGGCUGGACAAUGGCAUAAUUCGACCUUCAACCUCAGAAUAUGCUAGUCCAAUAGUCCUUGUCAAAAAGAAAAAUGAACGAUUGCAGUUCCCGCUGCCACUGAUAGAGGAUCAAAUCGAUUCAUUACAAGGUGCAAUGAUAUUUACGACGAUCGAUCUGGAAAAUGUUUUUUCCAUGUGCCAGUCGAAGAACAGAACACCGUUUGGACUCAGUGUUUCGCAGGCAUAUUUUAAAAAGUUUAUAAAUGCGGUGUUUAAGGACCUAAUACAACGUAAGAUUGUAUUAACUUAUAUCGACGAUUGGAAGCAUUUUGAAACUUUCAAGACAAGGCUAACUAACGGUUCAGUUUUACGUUUAUAUCGUGUGGGUGCUGAUACGGAGCUUCAUGCGGACGCUUCGCGACGCGGUUACGGAGAUAAUUACGGAUUGUCAAGCGUUUACAAUGACUUGUGUUUGCGGGUAGCGCGAUGGGCGUUACCAGGCAACAACAUGAAGCAUGUGGAUGCACUAAGUCGUAAUUCGUUACCAAGUGUUUUACUAAUAACUGAUAUUGACAAUGGACUAAUUGUAAACCUCGGAAAAGCGCAAAGUGAAGAGGGGAAAAUUCGCACGUUGGUAGAAGAUAAGGAGCGUUGUAAACUAUGCGGUUAUGUUGUGCAACGUGGACUCUUAUAUAAAGUUAUAAAGGAUGAUGUGUUGUUAGUGUGUGUCGUACCUAGGCUGGUAAUGGCCUUAAAUACGCACUAUAGGGUCUCUCUAGUUCUUCAACAGAGAGAAUACCUACCUCGAGUAUUAUACAAUGUUAUGUGUGCAAACAGGUCAAUAUUUCGUUCUUUGAUACCCCAAAAGGCAACAGGCAGGUACAGGCUCCGUUUUCCUCCACAGACAGGCAGGUUCACUUGCAACUGGGGCUAUAAAGAAGAAAUAUUUAAUGCAAAAUAUAUAAGUGAGGUUAUGAUAGCAAAUAGGUUAAAUACGGCAUACAAGCUCAGCAUAAAAGCCCAGCAUACAAGCCCCAGGUUAACAUACUGUUUUAUAUCACUAGAAACUAGUCCUUGUGCAUUCAAGUCUCGGUAUUGGUUCUUUCAUCCAGUAUUAGACCAGUCGGAAUUUGAGCCACCAAUAGACUGA